CAGUUGUGUGCUGUACAUGUUGGAGCUGUGUGAGGGAGUGAGACGCCUUAAAAGCUAGUGCUAAAAUUACGGCUAGUGAUGGCAUUGACUUCACGGAGGCUUCCACAUAGACAACCCAGUGUCAAUAGUUUCAUCACCAAAUGGUGACAUCUCUGAAUGCACAGAGUACUUAAUUAGUAGCGCCAGGUGUAGCCCCUGGAUUCAGGGUGGGCCGUGGAGGUUCCUACGGCCGGUAGUCACGCCCAGAAUGGCUACAAGACAUGAACCGUCUACACAUCACACUCAUGGAAAGAAACCCUUCAACAAGAUACCGGCAAGUAAUGGUCCGAGACCUGGUUAUCCGGGUGGGCAUGCAGGAGGUGGACCACCUGGCAAAGGAGGCCGACCCCCUUCCAACCCAGGCCCGGGUCCUACUCUACAAUACAGACAUGGUCCACACCCCCCUCACCCCUCUCACGCCCCCCAUGCACCGCACCCACCAACCUCACAGCACCACCAACAGCAACAGCAGCAGCAACAACAGCAGCAGCCACAACAGCAGUCACAGCCUCCACCACAGCAUCCUUCAGGUCCUCACCAUCAACCACAACAACAGCAGCAGCCACCACAGUCUGGUCCAUUACAGUCGAACCAGCAGUCUGGACCAGCAUCCCAGUGGGUGGGAUCCGGGCCGCACCAAAAACCUCAACAUCCCCAACAACAGUCACAGCAACAAUCCACUGGUCCAGGUCAACAGCAAACACCACAGCCAAGUGGAGGGGGUGGGACAGCUGGGUCUCAGUAUGCAAGUGUUCGUUAUCCUGGUCCUCACCCAGGCCAACCCCCGGCUGUAUCGCAGCCCCCAGCUCCCUACCCACCGCCCCCGCCAUCAUACCAUCACCAGGGAUAUGGUGGCGGCCAUGUUGCGGCGACCUCUCCAACCACGACAUCCACAUCAAGCACUUCAGGUGCUCCUCACAUGGGCGGUCAUGGGAGUAGUGGCGGGAGUAGUGGUGGUGGUGGAGGUGGCGGUGGGGGCGGUGGCGGAGGUGGUAGCGGAGGAAGUGGAGGUGCGGGCUAUUCAGCAUCGUCUCCAUCAGCUCACUCUCACUCCAGCUACGGCGAGCAACUUUCGCGUACCAACCUAUACAUCCGGGGCCUCAGUCCUGACACAACUGACCGCAACCUUGUUGAGAUGUGCCAAAAAUAUGGUAACAUCAUAUCAACUAAAGCUAUCCUUGACAAGAACACUAACAAAUGCAAGGGUUAUGGAUUUGUAGACUUUGAAUCCCCAGCUGCUGCAGACAAAGCUGUGAAAGGUUUACAGGCAGCUAAUAUCCAAGCCCAAAUGGCAAAGCAGCAGGAACAGGAUCCCACUAACCUCUAUAUUGCCAACCUCCCACCACAGAUGAAUGAGGCAGAAUUGGAGCAACUUUUGGCUCAACAUGGACAAGUUAUUUCUACCCGUAUUCUGAGGGACAACAAUGUCCAGUCAAGAGGCGUAGGUUUUGCUAGAAUGGAAUCCCGAGAGAAAUGCGAGCUGAUUAUACAAAUGUUCAACAAGAAGGUGCUGCGAGGAGCCAAAGAAGCACUCCUAGUUAAAUUUGCUGAUUCUGGCAAUAAAAAACGCAACCAGUACAAGACCAAGGAACAGACUAGCUGGGAACGCUCAGAACCAAUUCCAGUCUAUGACCAGCCAUCUCUUCUCCCUCACAAUGGGACAUUGAUGCCCUCCGUGGCCCCUAACUUUCGGCAGUACCCCCCGUCCCAGGUACCGCCUUAUCACCUCCAACCAUUUUACAUUGUGCCACCUCAGACACUUCAACACAUGGAUGUCUCUCCUCAGAUGAUCCAGACAACAAUGGACACAAGUCAGAUGCCGUACUCCCCGUUGAUUCCCACACUGACCACUCACAUGCAGCAACUGCACAUCACUCCCGGCUCACAAGGAGGUUACUUAACAGCAAGUGGGGGUUAUCCAGCCUCUCCCUAUACCCCUAUGAUGCAACACAUGGCAAUGAUGGAGGACUCAGCUGCCCAUUCACCUGACGAGUAUCAACCCUAUCCAACUAACGCAGGACCUAUCCAGUGCCAGCAACAGCCUAAGUAACACUGUAUAAAGCUAGGCUCUAUUGUAUUGAAAAUUGCACUACUGUCCUCAUGACGUGUGUGAGCAGAAAAAGAAUCACGGUGCCCAGUGUUCUCAGGGCACAGUCCUGUUGUUGACUGAAGAAAAACACAUUUCAACACAGAUCCUUCAUCACUACCAGCAUCAUAUGGACUCUAUUAGAAUGUUUAAGAGCCUUCUCCUAAGAUACUACGUCAAGGUCUCAGCCUUGGUGCAAAGAGGCCAUGAAAUAUCUUUGGGGAAGCACACAGUCUUCUCAUGGAAACUCAAGAAGAUUACAAUAUAGUGAGUUCCAUAAUGAGAAAAGAUAUCAAGUCCAAGCAGUUCGGAGGGUCAGAUAUUUUGACUCAUACUCCAUAUAAAGCUCUUGUUGAGCAGAAAAUUCAUGUGAUCAUAUGUAGUGUUGAGGAGAAUUCACCAAUUGCAAUCAGGUAACAAAAUUCCAGUACUCAUAUGAAGUUUGUAAAAAUGGGCCAUUUUGAAAGACCUGUGAUUCAUUUAGAAAGAAGUUUAGAUUGACUAGAGUAGAGUUAUUUCUUGUUAAGCAAGUGCAACCUUAUGGGGGGAGGGGUUAUUUGAAAUAAAUGAAGAUUUUUGGAGAAAUUCUAUAAUUAGUGAAGAAAAUUGAUAAAGUGACUAUUUGUGCUCUACCAUUAACAAUAUUACACAUCUGAACAAUUUAUAAUGAUAUACAUCAUUAUGAAUAUUGUUCCAAAUCAUUCUUCUAUUCAGGAAGUGUCUGAAUGUGUAUGUUGGUGUUAUUUAUUAAUAUUUUAUUCAUAAAGCAGCCUGCUUGUAGAAAGUGAUUCUGCAGGCUUAUGUAUGAGGAUAUAGGCUUUUUCUUCACAUCUCCGAGGCUUGUGAAUGAAUUUAGGCUUUUCCUUCACAUUUUAUUUGUUGAUUUAUAUAUAUUUUUUUCUCUCUCAUUUUUUCCAAGAAUCUAUUUUCACACAAUCAACUCACUGUGGCCACUCCAAACUGUAGUCAGGGCUAUAUUCAAUAAUUGUUUAUAAAUGCCACUGUCAGAAAAGUGAAUUUGUACUGAUAAAGAAUGCCAUAUCACAAAUUUUGAAGAAAUUGGCACUAAUUUACCCAUUGUCCAGUAUGUAAAAUUUAGAUAAGUGUUUCAUGGACCAAGAUCUUGCUUCAGAUUAAACAGAAAACUAGUUAUUGAAAAAAUAUCUGAUUUUAGUGAAUCAAUUGAUGAUGAUAUGAAAGAAAUAUUUUCACUCAGUUUACUGAUGCAUAAAUUCUUCACUUUUUUUUUAUUUCACAGUAAUACCUAUUUUUUUUCAUCAAUUUCUUACAGCCAUUGCUUCAUAAGAGCUUUUCACUUUUUGCACAGUAUUCACAGAAAUUAUUACAUUCAUAUAUUCUGUUAUAUUCAAGUAGGUAUUUGAUUUAUUUGUUGUAAAAAAAAAUAUAUAUAUGAUGAUUGAUUAUGCUAAUCUUCCUGUCUAUGUCUACUACAAUUGUGUUCAUUUUAUUUAUCUUAAAAGAUAGCACAUCAGUUUUCCACUUUCAUUGAGAUUAUGUGGAAAAAUAUUUCCUAUUUGUUAGGAUAAUAAAGCAACAAAUUACCUAAAUUUUAGAUAGAAGUAAAGAGGAGAAAGGUUUAAUGACAUAUAUUGGCAAAAAAACAAAAACAAAAAAAAACAGUAAUAUUAAUAAUAUUAAAAAAUGAAGCAAAACUGUAACCAUAAAUUUUGGUAAUAAUAUGUAGUUUACACUUAUUGUGGUUUGUCAGUGUCAUGGUGAAGAUUAUGAAACUAAUAACAUGGUUAAGGUGCUUGAUAUUUUUAUGUUUAGAUGGUCUAUAUUUGAAAUUCAUAAUCACACAGUAGUAUCUACAUGUGAGGAUUGUUAGCCAAUUGUUGAAUAUAGCCUAUAUGAUUAUUACAGUGCAUAUAGAAUAUAAUUUCACUUGUAUUGUUUAAUACACAACAAAGUACCACUGUCAUGCUGUCAUGUUAAUUGCAUAUAAUUCCAUAAUUCUG